GCUACAAUGACGUGACAUCCUACUAGAAACUUCAUGUACACUUGGUAUCCCUUCCAUCCAAAUAUCUGACUAUGCCGUACCACUUUCACCUUGUCAUACGCCUUUCUGCUAUUCAAGUUCUGAUGCCUUUAAUCUGCACGUCGCUCAACAGUUUACAAAGGGAAGAAAUCCUUACACUACACAACAGGUUCCGGCACGACAUCGCCACAGGAGGACAUGGACCUUACAUAUCCAACAUGAAUGAACUGGUAUGGAGUCAGACUUUGGAACAAAACGCUGAAAAUAUGCUGACGUGUUCAAGAAACGUUGUACACAAUGACGACAACUUCCUCAUGCCAAUGAUUAACUAUGGAAGGUAUAGGGCGCUAAAUGUCACCAAGAUAUUGACAUUCUGGCAUCGGGAAAGCAGACAUUAUGUGCCAGAAGCUGCCGACUGUAUACCUUGGGACAGCUGCAACAGGUACCGCGCGAUGGUGGGAGCGGAUCGGGAGAGAGUUGGGUGCAGCUUGAAGAUGUGUCCGCGGCGCACAUCGCAGCCUAUCUAUGUUCUAAUGUGCUUAUACGAAGGGGGAGAUCCAGAUUCCUUCAAGUACAAAGCGGGCACACCAUGUACUCGAUGCCGGGACACUCAAUCGUUCUGUCAUCGUGACCUUUGUGUUGCAUGCUCGCAUUCAGAUUACAGGACUUGUGAUUGUCGGAAGACGUGCAUCCGAGAGGACAUCGGCAAUGGAACUCUCAAAAGAUCUACCUGUUCUUGCAGUUGUACAUAUGGUCUUGGUCCAAAUUGUGAUGAGGAGUGUCGGAAUCCGGAGCUGUACGCUGACUAUGAUUAUUGUGCUACGGUCGGUCGGGAUGACUGUUCCCAUCCAGAUAUGGCGGAACUUCUUAGACAGUCUUGUCCGGAGCAAUGUGCUUGUCGGAAACAUCCUAAUCAGGCAUAACCCUGCAGCCGACUGGACUGGUGAGACAGCAAGGUAUGAUGAUGAUGAUGAUGAUGAUGAUAUGACCGGCGCCAUCCCGACACAGUGGCGGAAACCUUGUUAGGGAACUCCUGUGUGACUGACUAUAAGGGGAAACAGAGGAUACUGCAGGAUAUACCUGCUACAGGAUUUGGUUGUUCAGUUGUUGAACCACAUGUAUUGUUGACCUGAACAUAGUCUGUUCCCGGUAUUGGCCCGACAAGCAUCUGACAGAUGUUCUUUAUAUUGGCAAAAUGGACAACGUGACGAAUGAUUUCAGAAAGAGUAUUUUGGUAUUUUUUUGUACAGGUUAGUUAUGAACAGACGAAGAAUAUAUUGUUAUUUUUACACUUUGUACAUAAUUCACAUAUACGAAUUGUAUUUUAUCAUAAUGAAAAUCAAGUGACUGGCAGAUAUACGUUUGAACGCUGACAGCCAUUGAAGCAACGGCUGUAACCUGUCUGUCAUAUUCAUUAAACGUACAUGUUACAGAUAUGGUACAAAAACAACACGCAGUUAUGUUUUUCACUUGUACGUAACACUUAAACCUAAAACCCAUCAAUAAUGAUCGGUAUGGCUGCACUGUGCGUGUGAGGCGCUAUUAAACUACUGUGAUACUUAGUGCUUUUUGUUUUGUGCAGUUUUGAACAAAUAGUUAUUGUGAAGGUACAUGCACUGACAUUGCUAAGUUUAACUUACAUAUAUGUGUGUAUAUCUGUUGGCUUCUGAAACAUGUUUGCUGAGACAAGAGCUGGCUGAUGCUCACCAUGUGUGAUGGUUUGUAUG